AUGAGAAGAAAUCUCAUCGUAGAGAAGAACUUGAUGAAGAAGACAAUGAAAAUGUUGAAGAAGAAGAGGAACCAAAAAUUAGAUUUGUUACUAAAAAAGCCAAGAAUGACAAUUCCUUCACUAUUCCAUGCAAGUACCACGCCAAGUGGUAUACAACCAACACCUCAAGUUGCUGGUGCUUCUUCAUCAGGAAACAUUCAACAACAAGGUGUUCAAGGAUUUCCUCAAUCAUUCCCACAAUGGUUUCAACAAAUGUAUCAACAUCAACAACCGUUUUACAUGAACAAUCCUUUUAUGUACUCUCCAGCAGUGUAUCCACAGUUCAUGAUGCCUCAAGCAACUUCUUCUUCAACACCAGUGAAUCGAUCUAUUCCAUUCCAAUUGGGUGAUCAUUCACAAGCUACAGUUUAUUCUUCGAAUCGCGAUCAACAACUGAAAGAAAUCAUGCAUGAGUAUAAGAUUGAGGAUAAACCUACUGUAUCUGAUAUAGAGUUCAGAACCCAUUGUGAGGCCUGUGUUAUGAACUUCUAUCGCAAUGGAAAAUUCAUGGAGAAUAUCCCUAAAUUGUAUAACAAGUACCUUGGAUUACUUCAGAAUCCUGGCUUCACAGGUACCAAUAUUCCUUCUUUCAAAUUAGACGAAGAUUGUAUCCAGACACCAGUCAUCCAAAUUUUGAAUGAUUAUGCUAUCAUCUCUGGCCGUUGUUUUACCAUUGCAGCAAUAAGUCCAUUAUUAACUGAGUUACAGAGAAUUGAGUUGAGAGCUUUGGGCAACUUGUUAAACUGUACCUCCCCUUCAAUUCUCACUCAAUCCAUUAUUCAUUCUCAAAGUCUUUCCACUUCCAACAUUACUCUAAGAAAUCUUUUGACAGAAGGCAAUUCAACAGGAGAAGCAAAACUUCAUGAAGAGCAAAAGAACAAUUUGGCCUUCCAAGUCAUGACAAAGUCUCUCAGUGAAGAGAGAAAAUACAAAAACAAGAACAAAACUCUCUCAAGCAAUAAGGGAGAAAACCAUUACAAAGGUGAUUCCUCCAAGAAAGAGUAUGGAAGAAAGGGUAAUUUCAAUUCCAAAUCAAAUCCCUCAGGACCCAGUUCUUCCAACAAAUGA